UACGCUUACUAUUUGUGGAUGGAAAUCUUUUAUGGUUUUAAAAUUUUCUCUUCUGAUUUAACCUUCUUUUUUCUGUCUCUUUUUUAAUUAAUUAUUUCUAUUAAUUGUUAAUUGUUGAUUAAAAUUUUUCCCAGUGUUUUGUGUUCUAUUUACCUCUCUUCCUUUUGUGGUAAAAGCAAAGGUUUCAACCUGUUGAUCUACAAAAGGAAAAUCAAAAUGUGGGGCUCGUCCUCAGGUUACAUUGGAUCUUCAUCUGAUCCGUCUGGUUCAAUUACCAAUAUAGCUCAAUAUAUUGAGGAUUACAUUGAUUUGGUUGAAAAUAUACCCAAUGAUAUAGCUCGCCAUGUUAGUCGUUUACAUGAAUAUAAUAAUAGAUAUUACCAGUUAUUGGAUAAAUUGGAGAAAAUCUGGAAAACAAUAACUCAUUGUUCAAAUUCUAUAUUAACUAAUGGUGGUGAUCAGUUAAACGGUGGCGGUAAUACUUCAUUAUCAUCUUCAUUUUCUUCAUCUGUACCUACAACAAUAACAUCUUCAACAUUAACCUCAUCUUCAUCACAAUUACACUCAUCUUCAUCUAAAACAGAAAUUAAAUCAAGUACAAACAUUAAAAAUAAUCACACAUCAUCAUCAUCAUCAUCAUUACCAUCAUCAACAACAACAACAACAUCUUUAAUAACCAAAUCCAAUAGUAACUAUAACAUUAACCAUGAAAUUGGAAAUAAAAGUGACAAAAAUAGUGGCAAUGGAAAUGAUUUGCUGUUAAAUUACACAACGGAUUCAAGGAAAGGUUUAAAAGCUGUUGUUGGACUUCAAAAAUGUCUCAUUGAAAUACAAGAGAUUUCAGAUGAGAAGCUGUUUAUUGUACAAAGUAUAUUGGAUCAACUGGAUUGUAAAGCUCGCCAAUUAGAUUAUGAUCAUCGUAGUGUAACAAUAGGUAAUUUCGCCCAUAAUUUAAAUAGUAAUGCAUCUAAAGGUUUAGCCAGUCUAAUUGGAGCUUCAAAUGAUACAACAAAUCACAUCUCUGAUGCCAAUGGUUUAACCAAUAAUGUGGAUUCCGGUGGAGGCGGUAAAGGAGGAGGAGAAAUAACAUCAACAAAAGAUAAUAGUAAUUUAAACAAUAAUGGAACAAGUCUGAGUGCCACAGUAAACAAUAAUUGUACAUCAAAUACAUUAUCUAACAAAAGAUCAUCAUCAAGACGUAAUUUAUCCAAUAAACAAGAGAUUUCAAAUGGUGAAAUAACAUCUAACCAUAAGAGAGGAGUAAAAAGAGGUGGCGGUGUUAAAGGUUCUAAAGAUAUUAAAAGGAAUAAAUCAACAAAGGAAGUGUUAAACACUAGUCCACCAACACUUUAUGAAGAUACACCAAUCGAUCCCGAUGAGCCAACCUACUGUUCCUGUGAGCAAGUUUCCUAUGGCGAAAUGAUUUGUUGUGAUAAUGCUCAGUGUCCAAUUGAAUGGUUUCACUUUGCUUGUGUUUCCUUAACCACCAAACCAAAGGGUAAAUGGUAUUGUCCCAAUUGUAGAGGCGACCGAUCAAAUAUUCCCAAAAAGUGACAAAUGGAGAUGAAAUUACCACCACCAUCACCAUCACAACAACAACAACAACACACAAUCAAACAAUUAAUUUUUUUCUUCUCACCUUCCUUAUUUUUCCUUUCUUUUUUGUUUUGAUUUUCCUUUCUAUAAAAAUCAACAACCAAACUGUGCAACUGUGAAAAAAAAGAGCAAAACAUUUAAAGGAAAGACAAAAAUACUUUAUAUCUACACAAAAUAUAUAUAUACUUACUCUUAUAUCUACUAAUUAAUGUAUAUAUAUGUUUGUGCACAGUUAAUUUUCAACGAAUGCAAAAAAAAACAAAUCACCACGGAGAGAAAAACACAAAAACUCAAGUGACAUCUAAUUUUUUGCUGCUACAAUUUUCAUCUCACAUCAUCGUCUCAACUUAUAAAAACAACAACAUUCACUCACCGCCAUCAAAAUCCACUACAAUCAUCACACAGCAUUAGCACUACCUCUCUCUCUCUCUCUCUCUCGUUCGUUUUUCUCUUUGUUUUCAUCCUUUUCUCUAUUUCUACUUCAAUCUUCUCUCUCUCACUAUUUUUUUCUUCCUUCAUCUUAACCGUUGAUGCAAGACCAAAAUUUUGCAAAAUUUAUGCCAUUUCAAUUAUCUGUUAGCAAAACGAAAUCAUCUUCUCCCUCCCUCUCCCUCUCUUUCUUUCUCCUUUUUCUAAUUCCUUGUUUCAAUUCUUCGUCUUAAAAUUAUCAUAGUGAUAAAUUGAUUUUUACCUCUCCCAUUUGUCUUAAUUUUUAAACGAAUGGUUUAAAGCUGAAAACAAAAACAACUCAUUAAACUAAAAAACAUGAAAUCCCAGCCUUUUUCCUCUCUCACUCUCACUCUCUCUCUCUCUAUAAUAUUAAAUUGUAAUCAUCUUUUUCCUCUUCUCAUUUUCCCUUCCAAGAGAUUUUCAUUGAAACAAUUUUCGACUCAAAUCAAUUUCAAUUGUACUGAAUUGUAUAUAUGACUUUUACCAUCUCGGUUUUGUCAUAUUAAAAAACAAAUAAAAUUAUAAAAAAUACAUUUAAA